AUUUACUAUGAGGGUGCAGGUGAAAUGAUCCAUCUCGCCUUGUGAGUUGUUGCGACAGAGUUUAGUUGUUUGAAACACUGGCGUCUUCAAGUAACUAGAAUGGAACAUUCGAAUUAGUCCCCAGGAAGUGAGCUACAACAGAGAGGCCUCUGCAAGAAUGGAGAACGGAGGCUCAAUGAACUUGCUAGACUACGGGGAGGUGUUGUGGGAAAAUGCCGAGAAGAACCGGUACAUCUUGUGCCGUUUCGUCAACCCCAACAAGCUGACCUCAUAUCUGCGCCAAUGCAAGGUCAUCGACGAACAAGACGAAGAUGAGGUGCUCAACUCUCGCCUGCUGGAGUCCAAAGUCAACCGAGCAGGUCGGUUGUUGGAUAUCCUGCACACAAAGGGAGAGCGAGGCUAUGUGGUUUUUCUAGAGAGUCUAGAGUUGUACUACCCUGACCUCUACAAACUCGUCACGGGGAAGGAGCCUACACGCAGAUGUUCCACUAUAGUCGUGGAAGAGGGCCAGGAAGGGCUAAUCCAGUUUUUAAUGAAUGAAGUCAUAAAGCUUCAGCAGCAGUCCAAGGCUAAAGACGUGCAGCGGGUGGACAUCAUCACCAAAUGCCGCACACUAGAAGAUGAGCACAAGAAGCUACGACUGGCCAACCAGGAGCUGCAGACUUUCCAGGAACGUUACAAUAAGAUGAAAGAAGAGCGUAAUAACUAUAACGAUGAGCUUAUGAAGGUGAAGGACGACAACUAUCAGCUGGCUAUGCGAUAUGCCCAGCUCAGCGAGGAGAAGAAUAUGGCCGUGAUGAGGAGCCGAGACCUUCAGCUAGAGAUUGACCAACUAAAGCACAAGCUGAACAAGGUGGAGGAGGAGUGCAAAAUGGAAAGGAGGCAAUCUCUGAAAUUGAAGAAUGACAUUGAGAACCGACCUCGGAAAGAGCAGAUAUUUGAGCUGGAGCGAGAGAAUGAGGUCUUGAAGAUCAAACUCCAGGAGUUGCAGUCCAUCAUACAGCCCGGGCCUCUACCUGAUUCAGACAAGGCCAUCUUGGAUAUCCUGGAGCAUGACCGACAGGAGGCUCUAGAGGAUCGUCAGGAGCUAGUCAACAGACUCUAUAACCUGCACGAAGAGAUCCGACAGGCCGAGGAGCUCCGUGACAAGUACCUGGAAGAGAAGGAGGACCUUGAAUUGAAGUGCUCCACUUUGGUGAAGGACUGCGAAAUGUACAAGAACCGCAUGAAUACGGUCAUGGUGCAGCUGGAAGAGGUUGAACGUGAGCGGGACCAGGCUUUCAAGUCAAGAGAUGAUGCCCAACACCUCGUGUCUCAAUGUCUGAUUGACAAAGACAAGUAUCGCAAGCAAAUACGGGAGUUGGAAGAGAGGAGCGAUGAACUUCAAAUUGAAAUCGUACGCAAAGAAGCCAAGAUAGUCAACCUGGAGUGCAAACUGAGACGGAUGGCCAAAGAAAAUGGUUUGGAUCAGAGUCUGCCGCGAGACAUUACUCCACUAAUUAUAGCUCAGCACUUUGGGCAACCUGAUGGAAAUACAGGAGGACCUUCAGAGGACUCUGGAGAAGACACUGUUGAUGAUCAAGAGCCUAAGCUUCAACGCAGAUGUAACCUUAAGGGCAGAAUUAACAGACCAAAAUCUCCAGCCGCUGGACCCAAAAGUCCUCAGUUCCCAGCCAUGCCUUUCACAAAUGGAGAUCUGUUAGAACCUGCAGCCACUGACAGCACAAGUCUUAACAGUGCCAGUGCAGUGAUUUCUCCUGCAGAGAUCUGCUAUAAAAAUCUGCGAUGCCGUAAUGACAGUAUCUUGUCCACCGUGCCUGAGCCACCAGACCAGAACUCCAUUGUUAGGAGAAGCAAGGAGAACCCAAACUCUCCAUACAAAUGUAUUCCCAUUUCAGACACUGCAGAUACUGACAGUGGAGACAAUGCCGACAUGGAUGACCAUGACUUAGACUUUUCCUCCUACGGGCCUUCAUCCAUCCAUUCAUCUUCAUCUUCCCACCAGUCUGAGACAAUGGACUCGUAUGAUCUGGAGCAAGUCAAUAACAUCUUCAGGAAAUUCUCUUUGGAGAGACCGUUUCGUCCUUCAUUGACAUCGGGCCCUCCGCAAAACACAUUGCGGCCAGUGCAAAGCCUUUUUCUCUCUGGAGAAAACCUUCUAUCGGACAUCACUCUGAUUGGUGGAAAUGAUAGCGGCAUCUUUGUGUCCUCUGUCCAGUCCGGUUCUGAAACAGACCAGUCCGGAGUUAAAGUCGGACAUCAUCUUUUAAUGUUGGAAGGCAAUGUUCGUGGAGAAGCUCAGAGUGUGGCUUUGGACACCUGCACCAAAGAGGAAGCUCACUGGACCCUGCAGAGAUGCACCGGACAAGUGCAUCUCCAUUACAAGUCUAACUAUGAUGGCUACAGGCGGCUGCUGAAGGACAUUGAAGAUGGCACAGUGGUAUCCGGAGACUCUUUCUACAUCCGUCUUAAUCUGAACAUCUCCAGCCAGUUGGACAACUGCUCACUGAAUGUACGAUGCGACGAGGUGCUCCAUGUUCUGGACACCAUGCACCAGGGCAAAUGCGAGUGGCUGUGCGCCCGUGUUGACCCUUUCACCAACAAGGACACGGAGAGAGGCACCAUACCGAGCUACUCCAGAGCCCAGCAGCUCCUCUUGGUGAAGAUUCAGAAGCUGAUGUGUCGAGGAGUUCGAGAGGAAGUCGAGACUCUGCGAGGACUCCGGAACACUCUACAACCUGAGGAGCCCACACCAUCUCAAGACCCCAAGUCUAGUCCACGCAUGUCCAGAGCCAGUGUCUUCAUCUUUCAGUUAUUACAGUUUGUCAGCAGGGUGGAUAACAAGUACAAGAGGAUGAACAGCAGUGAGCGUGUCCGCAUUGUCAAUGGAGGAAAUCCAUCAUCAGUUUCCAGACCAGGUUUUGAGACGCUGAGGCCUGAGGACACAUCUGACUCAGAGAGCGACUUAAACAAGAGCUUGAAUCUGAUCCCGUACAGUCUAGUGACUCCACAUCAAUGCCAGCGUAAAAGACCCGUCCUCUUCACCCCCAAUGUCCUAGCCAAGACCAUCGUCCAGAAGUUCCUUAAUCUUGGAGGUGCUAUGGAGUUCAAUAUAUGCAAACCAGACAUUGUGACAAAAGAUGAAUUCCUCAUGAAACAGAAGAUAGAGCCCAUCAUUUAUUCCAAAGAAAAGCAGGCAUGCACAUAUGAGUGCAUCACCCCAGAAAACAUUGAAGCGGUUGCCUUCAAGAAUAAGCACUGUCUCCUGGAAGCUGAUCUGAGCUGUGUGAAAGACUUGUUGAGGAGAGAGAUCUACCCCAUCGUGAUCUUCAUCAAAAUCUGUGACAGGAACAUGAAAAAAUUAAGGAGGCUCCCUCUGAAGGUGGACUCUGAGGAGGAGUUCUUGAAGAUGUGUCGCUCUAAGGAGAAGGAGCUGGAGACGCUGCCGUGCUUGUAUGCGAGUGUGGAGCCUGACUCUUGGGGUGGGGUGGAGGAUCUCGUCAGGAUCAUCAAGGACAAGAUUUUUGAGGAGCAGAAGAAGACGGUCUGGGUGGAGCAGGACCUGCUGUGACCUGAUCACACGAGCGAGUAACGGCUUACGGCGCACCAAAACUCUAUUUUCAGCUCGGGUGGAAUGUGUGCAAGCAGCACAGGCGUGUGAACAGGAAGUGACUCUGUCAAAGGCGUCAAAGGUGAGGUGUGUUUCUCUCUGCUGUCAAAAAAAACAAAAAACCCAAAAACAAAACCAAACGUGUGGACAAGGUACCAUGUGAUGCUCCUGAGGUUCACAUUGUAAGCAGUGGAAAUGUUCUCUUCCCAGAGCUUCUUAUCUGUUAUUCUCCUGAAGCGGAGCUGUUGGCAAUAAAACAUUAUCCUUCCCAGCAUCCACCUGUAAUGCUCAAUAUAGGGCUGCCCAUUGAAUCUUGCUUCAGCUGUAUUCUGGCUGAUUUGUGUAUAACUGUAAUUUGGAUCUGAUGCCACCAUUGUUGCAAUAUACAGUAUGUACUUUUGUCUUUAUAGGCACAUUACAUAAAUUAAUAUUAGUGAUUUCUAUAUUUAUUUUAAUGCAAACCUACAUUUGUAAUGUGUUUCUAAUCUUUGUGCCAAUAACACACGUGUGGCUUAUUUCUGUGCUCAUUUCAGCUGCUACCUUAAUACUUGCCAAGGUUUUACUAUAUCGGUAGGUCAUACGGUAUUUCAAUGGCAUUAUACUGUACAUUACCGUACAUGACAUGUCAAGCUCAUGACUGUAAUUUGCAACUUUGUGGUUUUUCUUUUUUUUUAUGUUGGCAUUAUUUUGGAGUUUGUUUAAGCUGUCAUUGAUUGACGUCCUAAAGUGGGCUCUUAUCUUAGAUGUUAGAGCUGUUUCUGAUGUUUACUAUGUUACAAUACCGCUUGCCAUUUUGAAAUACCAUGAUUCAUGGUUACCUAACAAGUAAUAUGACAUUUUUUUAAGGUAACAUUUAAGGUUAAAUGUAUAAGGGAAUGUAUAAGGGUGUAUCAUUUUUUUUCUUCUUCUUUUAUAUAUAUAUAUAUAUAUAAUCAAAGAUGAAAAGGGUUUUUUAAGCAUCAUUUAAGCAUUUUUCCUGUACUUUAGAAUUUGUUCUGUUUUAACUAAGCAAAAAAACAAUGACUAUCAUGACCUUUUUACCAUGAUUUACAGAAGACACCCACUAAAAUGUCACUCAGAGUAUCAGUAGUUGUAUCCCAAAGAUCUUGUCAGGCAUGUUUAAAACAAGAAUCAUUAGAUGACACAAUGGCAUGAAUGACUAAUUCAAUGUAAUUAUAAUUCUUUACAAAUCUCUGCCACUAUCCUUCAAACCAAAUUUGUCAACAAACCCAUUACCCAUUUUAUUAAACUGUAAUAAAAUUUCUUUUAUACAUUUUAAUAAGUACAGGUCAGAUUAAGUAUGUUUAAAUUUUACAUAGAUAUAUAUUUUACACUGAAUGAAGAUGGAACAUUAUUUCUCCCAUAUUUUGACAUUUUUUCACAAACGUUAUUUAAAACAUUUGACACACUUCUUGCAUUUAAUAUGCUUUCUUUGUAUAUAAAAUCACUUCUGUAAAAUUAAUUUGGUGCAGACACCAAAAUGGGACGUCCUGCCUUUGACCCAUACAGUUGGAUUAUUUGUUUUUUAAAUCUUUAUAAUUAAAUGUAUUUCAUAUAUUUAAUUAAUUAGUUGUAUUUAUUACAGUACAAAUGUUCCAUUUAAUCAGUCAUAUACUACAAAGUCAUGAAAACUGCAUGUGUAAUAAUUAUAAAAGAAUUAUGAAAAAAUGUUGAAUGACUGAUGUCAACUACACUUAUAUUGACCCCUGUGAUUUUAAACAUACAGCAUAUGUACAUGUUCAUUGUUGGGAUUGAUGCCAUUGAAGGGGAAAUUGAAUGUACCACCCUUAGCACCAGUUUAAUAAAAUUAAAUAGAAAUGUCUGCUGUCUAGAAGGCAGGCUGGAGUAAUGUUUGUAUAAUAUCUAAUGCCAUCUUAUCCAGGGGUGUUGAGGCAUCAAAUUUUGUAAAAAAAACAAACAAAUUUGUCACUAUAAUUUUCAGUCUUUUUUGUGUAAUAUUCGACUCCCAAGCUUUGAUUUUUUUAUGUUUUUGUAAAUAUUAUUUUAUUAACAGACACAGGAAUGUACUGCUGACACAACAUGGUGUAUUUUAUGUAAUAAAUGGUUUUGAGAAGCAGA